GAGCCUGGAGAGGUGUGGCUGGACCAAGACCUCCCCUGAUGUAAGCAGGCUCCCUCCUCCCCCCACCACCCGUUGCCACCACGCCAGGGGACAUCCUCAAGCCCUGGCCCUUAGGGGAGAGGUAACAGGAGCCCAGAGCCGAGACCAUGUGACGGCGCUGGCCCUUGCCACCGCCGUCCCCCAACCCUGGCCCCAGGCCUGGCACCAUGAUGUUCCGAGACCAAGUAGGCAUCCUCGCUAGCUGGUUCAAGGGCUGGAAUGAGUGUGAGCAAACAGUGGCUCUGCUGUCGCUUCUGAAGCGGGUCACCCGUACCCAAGCCCGCUUUCUGCAGCUCUGUCUGGAGCACUCGCUGGCGGACUGCAAUGAUAUCCACCUGCUGGAGUCAGAGGCCAACAGUGCUGCCAUCGUCAGCCAGUGGCAGCAGGAGUCCAAAGAGAAGGUGGUGUCCCUCUUGCUAUCCCACCUGCCCCUGCUCCAGCCAGGCAACACAGAGGCCAAGUCCGAGUACAUGAGGCUGCUGCAGAAGGUGCUGGCCUACUCCAUCGAGAGCAAUGCCUUCAUCGAGGAGAGCCGCCAACUCCUCUCCUACGCCCUCAUCCACCCAGCCACCACGCUGGAGGACCGCAAUGCGCUCGCCCUCUGGCUGAGCCACCUGGAAGAGCGGCUGGCUAGUGGUUUCCGCACCCGGCCAGAGCCCUCCUACCAUUCACGCCAGGGCUCAGAUGAGUGGGGGGGACCUGCAGAGCUGGCCCCUGGAGAGGCAGGACCAGGCUGGCAGGACAAGCCACCCCGGGAAAAUGGACACGUACCCUUUCACCCAUCCAGCUCAGUGCCGCCGGCCAUCAACAGUAUUGGGAGCAAUGCAAACACAGGUCUCCCCUGCCAAAUCCACCCUAGCCCACUGAAGCGCUCCAUGUCACUCAUCCCUACAAGCCCCCAGGCCCCUGGUGAGUGGCCGAGUCCAGAGGAGCUUGGGGCCCGGGCUGCUUUCACCACGCCCGACCACGCACCCCUUUCGCCACAGAGCAGUGUGGCCUCCUCUGGCAGUGAGCAGACGGAGGAGCAGGGCUCCAGCCGGAACACUUUCCAAGAGGAUGGAAGCGGGAUGAAAGACGUGCCCUCAUGGCUCAAGAGCCUCCGCUUGCACAAGUAUGCUGCUUUGUUCUCACAGAUGAGCUACGAAGAGAUGAUGACCCUAACAGAGCAGCACCUUGAGUCGCAGAACGUCACCAAAGGUGCCCGGCACAAGAUAGCCCUAAGCAUCCAGAAGCUUCGUGAGAGACAGAGCGUCCUCAAGUCCCUAGAGAAGGAUGUGCUGGAAGGUGGCAAUCUGCGGAACGCUCUGCAGGAGCUACAGCAGAUCAUCAUCACUCCUAUCAAGGCCUACAGUGUCCUUCAGGCCACCCCUACUGCCAAGGAUGGGGGUCGGGGGGAGCCGCUACUGCCAGGUGCUGAGCCUCCCCUCACCCACCCUGGAACAGACAAGGGCACUGAGGUCAAGGACCCUCCAGCUGCAGAGAACUAUCCUCCUCCACCAGCUCCAGCUCCCUCUGAUAGCAGUGAGCCAGCCCCAGCUCCCGUCGCCGACGGAGACAUCCCCAGCCAGUUUACACGGGUGAUGGGCAAAGUAUGCACCCAGCUGCUGGUGUCUCGACCAGACGAGGAGAACAUCACCAGUUACCUCCAGCUCAUCGAAAAGUGCCUGACUCACGAGGCGUUCACAGAGACACAGAAGAAGCGGCUGCUGUCCUGGAAGCAGCAAGUGCUGAAACUCCUCCGGACAUUUCCGCGCAAAGCUGCACUGGACAUGCAGAGCUACCGGCAGCAGAAGGGCUGGGCAUUCGGCUCCAACUCGCUCCCCAUAGCUGGCUCUGUGGGGAUAGGUGUGGCCCGGCGGACCCAGCGGCAGUUCCCAAUGCCUCCUCGGGCCCUCCCACCUGGCAGGAUGGGCCUCCUGAGCCCUUCAGGCAUUGGGGGUGUCUCUCCUCGACAUGCCCUUACCAGCCCCAGUCUUGGGGGUCAGGGCCGACAGAACCUGUGGUUUGCCAACCCUGGAGGCAGUAACAGCAUGCCCAGCCAGAGCCGCAGCUCUGUGCAGCGCACUCACUCGCUCCCAGUCCACUCGUCACCCCAGGCUAUUCUCAUGUUCCCUCCAGACUGCCCGGUACCUGGGCCUGACCUGGAGAUCAAUCCCACCCUGGAGUCUCUGUGUCUGAGCAUGACAGAACACGCCUUGGGUGAUGGGACAGACAAAACCUCCACCAUCUGACGGGACCCACAGCCCAGCGCACCCAUAGGCUCCCUGGGCGGCGGGCGGGGGCCAUCCCCCAACAGGCUUCUUCUCGGCAGCGAGAGGGUGGGCUGGCGCAGCUAUACAUUCUGAUAUUUUUCUACUCAUCCUCUUAACUUUUGUUUAACAUUGGCACACUCCUUGCUCACUCCCAGGCCCAUUGAGGGAUCUCAGCUGAGGCCGGGGGUCAGAGAGGGCAGCCAGGGGCAAGGACUGGCGAGACUGCCUACCCCUUCCCUCCCACAUCCCGUACUGGUCCCAUCCCACCCCUGCCUCCUCUAGACUGCUGACACCUGUCCUUCCCCAAGAGAGCAGACUUCCUCAGACACUGACCACCACCUUGUGCAGCCUGCCCUUCAGAAACAUGACAGUGAGGGAAGGAGUGUGGACAGCCUGCUCACCAGUCUGUCGCUGGUUCCCACCGUUCCCCAGGACAGUCACCACCUUCCUCCCCUCUUUGCCCUGUUUAUCAGAGGUUCUCUACAAUUAAUUUCUUAGGCCUAUUUAAGAUACAUAUUUAUAUAGUUCUUAACGGUUUUUCUCUGAUCAUUCCCUGCCAUUUUUAGAAUCCCCAGGCCUCUCUCUGAGCCGGGACAGUGGCAGGGGGAGCCUGAACUUUAUGAGAGGAGAGGGCAGAGCCCCCUCCUCCAGACCCCCUCGCCCUUCCCCAUCCCAGCCCUGGCUCCUAGAUGCAGAGGUUGAAGGUGGGCAGCCCCAGGCCCGCAGUGAGGUCAGGAAGUCUGUUGCCUUAAUGUCCCCUUCCCCCACCAACAUAAUCCUUCUCUGCUCCCCGGGUCUUUUGGCCAAAGACUUGUGGGUAGGAAUCAGGGAAAGGGGAUUGUUGGGUUUCUGUUGUCCUGCCUGUCCCCUCUUUCUGUCCACCUCCCCCCACCCCCAUUAUGUCAUGACCUCAUAUAAGUGGAACACUAUAUCAUAACUCAGAGGUGCGGCCCAGCCUGAGUCACACAAACCCUCUGCUCCCUAUUACUGAUGAGAGCUGGUGCUGGGGCCCAGGUGAAGGGAGGGGAUUUGGGGGUUCAGGCUGUGGGGAAGCCAGGGUCCCCUACUCCAAACUCCUCUUUCCCCCUCAACCUACACCCUCAUUGGGACAUUCUCAAGCUUUUCACACGAAAAGGAAAAAAAAAUGUUAUUUUUAGAUACAUUUUAUGAAUAACUUUUGUUAUGAAUAUGGCUGGUAACCAUUGUGUAUGUUAUUAAAGAUACAAAAUGUUGGGAAAAAACAAAAAACCAAAAAAAAAAAAAAAUUGAAACCACAGCCUUCCCUGCACUAUCUGCCCAUCCCCCAGACCUUGCCCCUGCCUCCUGGCCUGUAGCCCUCCCCUGCUCUGAGCCCAGGGAGGGAGAAGCCGCCAGGGGGUAGAGUGGCAAUGGGGACCUGCCUGUGGUCCCCACCACCUCUCCCAGUGCCGGGCUGGGCGGGGUGUCAGGUGUAUUUAUGUACCUCUUGCACACUCAUCAACCUAUGCAAGUCCCCACCCCGGCCCUCCAGGUUUCUGUGCCUUUGCUCAUUCCCCUCUUCACUCCCAGGCUGCUCCAGCCCCUCCCACUACCUGUGGGACGUGGGGUGAAAGGCCACCUGUUUGAGAUAAGCAGGUUUCCCUCUCAAGGGACCCUCACCUCCACGCGCUGGUCUAGUCUUGUCUUGUCCACUUCCCAUCAGGGUGACUGACCCUGCUUGGCACUGGAAGGUGGUGAGGGAUACCCUCCCCCAGAGGGAGGUGAGAGCUUGCCCCCCACCCGACAGCAGAGUGCAGGACGCAGGCGGCCCCACUCUGACAGGCAGGACCCUGACCCUCCGACUCCCCAGCCCUCUCCAUGGUUUCGCCCUACCCUCCCCCUUCUGUCCCCAGCCCCACUGGCAGAGUCAGCUUUGAGUAACUGUGCAUUUUCUCGCCGUUGGAGAAGACUUAUUUGUUGGAGUUUCAAUUGUUAAUGGUCUGGGCUUAUUUUGGAAAAAAAAAAAACAAAAAAAACAAAAACAAAACAAAGAUUCUGAUUUUUGUUACAAUGCAUUUCCUGGGAACUCCAUGGGGCUUGCUUUUGUGCUUUAAGUGGAGAUCCUUGAGCGUCGGGGGUCGGGAUGGGCCGGGUGAAGGGGAACUGAAGCUCUGGGAGUUGGUGAAGUCAAGAGAAGUUAGUUUUAUUAACAGCAAAGACUGUGGGGUGGGGAUGAACAAAGGGCUCACAAAACAGACAACUAGAAAAGUGCUUCCCUGCCCUAACGCUGGCUGUGCUGGCCUCCUCCUCGGAAGGCCUUGAGGCUCAGUCACUGUCACUGUCAGCCUCACUGGAAUCCGAAGCUGCAGCUUCGCUGCCAUCCUCCUGAGCUGAGUGCUCACUGCCGCUGGGGAAAGGGCUAGCACUCCGGCUGCGGCUCCUGCUGCGGCUCCUGCUCUGGCUGCGGCUCCGCUGGCCACCCCCAUCACUGCCACUGUCCGAUUCAUUGUCACUGCCCCUACGGGCCUGCCCUCUGUCCUCAUCGUCAGAGUCGGCAUCAUCUUCUGAAUCAGCAUCACUACCGAAAAUUUCUUCUUUGUCCCGGGCAGCACGGGCUUCAUCCUCACUGCUCUCAUCCUCGCCGCUGCCGCUCUUGUCACUUGCCUCAUCCCUGUCACCCUCCUCUCGGUCACUCUCGCUGCCGGAGCGCUCAUCCUCACUGCCUUCCUUUUCACUGCUGCUGCCCUUCUCGGGCUCCUCAUCUGCGAGGAAGCAGGGACAGGUGAGACCCCAUUGCCCGCCCUCCCAGGGCUCCCAGGAUGGGACCAGUCCCUUACCCGAGCCCCCGGCUUCUUUCUCUUCAGCCUCCAUCUCCUCCUCUUCCUCCUCCUCCGGCUCGUGGUUUUCCAACUGGGCCUUUCGUGCCUCCUAGAACCAGUGAAUUGGGAAAAAGAUGGAAGGUGUUCUGUCAGACCUCUGACCCUGUCCUUUCCCACCACUAGCCUCCCUGUGGGUGUCCUGGGCCAGCAGAGCUUGUUACCUGGGCUUCUAAUUCCUUCUCAUUCAUGUCACGGUGUUUGACCACAAGCAGGGCAUUGGUACCUGACUGAACCCCAGCCUUGGCCCGACGCUUACUAAGACGGACCCUGCAGUGGACAGUUGCAGAAGGUGGAAGAUUCAGUUACAGACUCCACUGGACCGCUCUCACUUGACACCUGGGGCCCUGUCAGUGGUUGGCCCAGAGCAGACCAGAGCACAGAGUGUACAUGCAGUAUCCAUGACAACUACAGGGAGUUCAUGUCUGUGCUUUGAUUUACCCAACUUCUCAGUUGUUUGCUUUUGCCCGAAUGUAUGUAUGUGUGUGUACCGUGUAUGCAGUGCCCUCAGAAGCCAGAAGAGGGCGUCAGAUUCUCCUGGCAACUGGAGUUAGCAGCAGUUGUUAAUUGCCAUGUGAGAACUAGGAAAGGAACCAGGUCCUCUGGAAGAGCAGCAGCCAGUGUUCUUCACUGCUGAGCCAUGUCCUAAGGCCCUCACCCAACUCUUAGGAACAUGGAAAUGGCAAAAAAAUUUUGGGUUUCUGGCUUUUAAAUAGGAAGAACAUAGCAAGAGUAGACUGAAGCUGGGUUGUAAUAAUCACUUAAAAUAUUGUCACCCUGCCUGUUAUCACUUCUUAGGCCAGACUACAGGAUCAGAGCCUGCUAUCUCUGUACUGAACAGAAACUCAAACCACAGCCAACAGGACAAGUUAGCUUUCAGCCCUCAGAGAAGAGUUCCGAAGUGACACUUCUGAAUUUGUGUCAAGCAUUUUGUUUAAGACCUGUUCUGAAGGGUUGGGGGAGGUGACUCGGUAAAGUGCCAGGGUGGAAGGAGAGAAUAACUCUCCCCUAAGUUAUCCUGACUUUCAUAUGCAUGCACACAAAGUAAGAACAACAGAGGAAAACAACUGAUAGCAACCCUCUGACCUCCUGAACCAACACAUUACAUACAGAAAAACUAAUAAACUGUUAGACGAGG